AUUUCUUCCAUUUCCAUAUAUAUAUAUAUAUUUUAUAUAUAUAGCCUAAUGGUACAAUCUCUUCACUUGAAUUUGACGUGUUUGAAGAAACUAAACAAUAUAAUUAUAUAAUAAUUUGAAACGGGUUCCACAGAUUUAAAUAGUAUGCUUAGGAAAGAAUAUGAACAACAUUUACAAGAAAAGAAAAAAAUAUAUGACGAUCAUUUUGGCGUUGGACAGAAGGAAGGUGAACAAAACACACUUGAUGAUGACAAUGCAGAACAAACAGCUCAGAGAAAAAUAGAAAAUGGUAAUGAAUCGAAAUUUAAAAAUGAUGUUGAUGGCAUAGCAGAACAGAGCUUAGAACAAGAGACAAAUAUUGAAGCAGAGCUUCUAGAAAAAGCAAAGAAAGAAGGAGAGACGGAACAAAAGGACGAAACAGAGGAAGAUGAAACCGAGCCGAAAUCAGAAGACGAAACAUUGCCAAAUGCCGAUUUAACGGAAACGAAAUUGGAGGAUGCAACUGAACUAAAAGAUGAAGGAAAGAUAGAGAUCCCUACGGAGAAAAAAGUUGAAGAAGAGAAAGAGAUUUCAACUGAACAGAACGCAGAAGACAGUACGAAAACUGAUCAGUCAAUUGAAAAAGCCGAAGAAAGUGAAGGUGAAGAAUUAGCGAAGCAGGAUUCUGAACAAGAGCUCGAAAAAAAUAAUGACCCUACAGAAUCCUUAGGAAAACCUCUAACUCCAGAAAAAACAGUCGAUAACAAGACUAUAAAUUUUGCAAACAAAACAAAGAAGGAAACUGCAAAAGUAUCGGAAGAUGUACAAUCAGCCAUUAACCAAUUAAAGUUCACCUCGGAUGAAACUUUUCCAUCGGAAACGAAGACGGAAUUUGAGGAAAACGAAGCUAAAAAAAAUGUUGAAUUGGAAAAUCCGGAAACUCCCCAAACUAUUGAAAAAAUGACCGACGACACAACGACCGAUGAAAAAAUAUUAACUGAAGAAAAUGCUAAACAUUCAACUAAAGAGGAAGAAGUUGUUGAAAAUUCUAUGGCAAUUGAUAACGAACAUGGAGGAAAGGGUGCUGAGGCUGAUAUUAAGAUGUCUGAGACGAAGACUGAUGUUAAAGAAGAUGUCGGUAAUCCUUCUGAUGACUCCUCGAUUCAACCAACAAGUAAUUUAAACACUGAAGAAAUGGUCACGGAAAAGCCAGCAACCGAUUUAGAAUCAAAAACUGCACAGGACGCUUUAUCCGACGUACAACCAACUGUAACAUCACAAAGUACUAAUAGUCUUGAUGAAGAUCAGUCACUGUCACCUAGUGUUCCUGAUGAAAACGGACAAGACAAUACAGCCAGCAUUACCAACUUGAACUUAGAAUCUGUAUCAACAGAUUCGACCCAGACAACUGCGACAGAAGAAGCACAACAGAACACAAUGACUGAUACCACUCCACCUCCUCCAACUAAAGAUGAUAAACCAUUGGAGGCUGGAGUUGCAGAUGCUCCAUUAAAAAAUAACGAAAAUAAUGAGAACGUUCCAGCCUCAAAUAAACCGGAGGAAAACAACUCACAUCAAAUGGAAGACCAAGUUCAUGUUAAUGACGGUACAACUACGAUGGUACUUGAAGGAGCUACAACCAUUUUACCCCCAGAUGAGGAGGUUGAGGCUAGUGUUAUUCCAACAAUGCCGUCAUCUCUCGAGUCAGAAAACAACGGAAUCGACAAAUCUACCGAGGCUAUAAAAGUUGAUCAGGCUUCUAGCGAAAGCAAAAGCUCUGAAACGGAACUUAAAACUGAAAAUCCAUCCGCUCACAUAGAAAGUGCUAGUCAAAGUAUAAACACUGAACCAUCAUCCAUAGAGGCUAAUAUUUCCGACACUUCGCAAACUUUAUCCAGCGAAAAAGCCAGUCCAAGCACAGAGACAAUUCCUGAAAAUACGCAACCGUCUUCUGAAAAAUCUAUACCUAAGGAAGAGUCCACAACAAUUGAAACCCCUCCUCCAGAAGUAACUAUAGGAACUGUCGAAACUAAGGAACCAAUAGAACCACCUGUUCAGGUUCCUGAUGUAAAUAGUACGUCAGACCAGCCUGUGACUUCAGAAUCAAGCAAUAAUGGUGAAGAAUUGUCGAAAGACAAUGUCGACAACUUAAAACAAGAGGCAGAUACAAAAACAACCGAGGCAACUGAAAAGACGACUGAAGCUGAUAGUGAAACUGUAACCCCUACUCCAUCGAUAAUAGCUGAGGCAGACUCGACUGUUACAGUAAAUGCUAGUGUUUUUUCAGGUGUAGAUAGGAGUAUGAUGAAUAUAAUUGAAAUGAUGCCAGGUGUUCUGCAAUUUAUCUUUACAAGCGAGCCAAUUGGUCUUUCCGCUCCUAGAACAUUUCUGUUGGCCUCAAUAACAACUAUGAUAUGUUUUGUCUUUGGAGCUAAAGCUGUUUUUUGUAAAUCGAAUCCAAGCAAAUUACCAGAUCCACACGCUGCUGCCCGAAAAUUAGAACACCAAUUGCAUAUUUUACAAAGAGAAAAGGAUCAAAUCGAAGAUGAGAAUAAUAGACUAAAAGCUGAUAUUGGAAGCCUAUCCAAUAGAUCGAAUCUUUCUUCAAGAGAUGUUACUAAGCUAAAGGAGCAAUUAAGUCGUUCUCAGGCUGACAGUCAUUCCUAUCAGACUCAAAUACACGAACUUCAACAACAAGUAGAGCAAAUUUCAGCGAGCGUUGGCGCAAAACACAUGGAAAAUGUUCAACUGAAAGAAGAAUACGACCGUACGGUAGCUGAAUAUCAUAAACUUAAAGAUACCAGCAGUUACUAUGAAAAUCAACUUGCGGAGAAAGUCAAUCAGUUUGAACAAAGUCAUAAAUCUCAGGAGACUUUAGAACUUCAAGUUCAGCAAAUGACUGAAGAAGUAAGCGUUCUACAGCAAAGUAGAGAUCAACUAUUGUUAGAUGUUGAUAAAUGGAAAGAGAGAAUUAAUGACUCGAAAGAAGAAUUGGGUAUUACAAAAAAUGAACUAGAAGCCCUAAAGGAAACAAUUGAGUCGAAAGAUAAUGAAAUAUCGGUGCUUAAAGAUUGUAUAAUAAAUCUUCAGUCGAGUGAUGAUGAUGAUGAACUGGGAGAAAAAGAGAAAUUACAAAGGCUAGAGAAGACUAUUGACGUUGCUAAAAUCUCUGCUGAACUGAAAGUAUUCAAAGAGGAUAAUGAAAGUUUGAGGAGAAAAUAUGAAGUUGAAAUAGAAAGUAGAAAAGGAAUGGAAGUUCAAUUCGAAGAAAUUAAAAAAAAAUGUAUAGAUUUAGAAGAAAUGAUAAGAGGGGCAAAAAGAGAAAAAGAGGAAGCUCAACUGAAAUUAGAUGUAUUGUCAAAUUAUUUUAAAGAAAAAGAAACCAGCCUUCAACGUGAAAUUGGAGAGAGAGAAGUACUUCGAACGCAAGCUUCAUCCAUGCUUUCUCGAGAAGAGCAAGAUCGUGAAAUGGCAGAAAAGACUUUAGAAAUUUAUAAACAACAAGUUGAUGAUUUGAAGAAAGAAAUCACAAACCUGGAGCAGGAUUUCAGGAGACAAAAUGCUAUACAAGAGAAAAAGGCUCACGAAACAUGGCUAUCAGCUAGAAGAGCCGAAAGAGGCGAAAAAGAAGCAAAAGCAGAAGCUAGUUUUCUUAGACAGAGACUUCUUGAAUUAGAAAGCAGACACGAAAAUAUUGUAAGACCUGUGCCGACGUUACCGGAGACUUUAAAUGGUGGUAGGGCACCAUUAAUGGCACCUAUUCCUCCUCCAAUGCCUCCAAUGCCCCAAAAUCCUAUGAUGGAUAAUAGACCACCAUCUUCACAUAAUUCAUUAAGGGAAGAGCUUGGCGUCUCUCCAGGUCUACCUCCAAUGCCACCACCCCCUCCCCCUCCAAUGAUGCCAAUGCUUUUCGAUAAUCAACAACGUUUCGACCGUUACGAUGACAGAUAUUCUCCAACAUACAAUCGCACUAAUCGUGGUUCGGAACCAAGAAGACUUGGCCCUAAAACAUCAUCACCAAGAGAUCCUGUACAUUCAUCAAGAAGGUGAAAAGUCUUACCAAGAUUGAAUAAAAACCCAACAAAUAUAGAUUGUAAACAAAGAAAUUGGUUAAAAAAUAUAAUUUAUCAGGUAAAAAACAAAAAAAAAGGAAUACGAGAGACAUAACCUAGGCUUUUAAAAAUAUUGUUUUUUUUUUCUUUUUGUUAAACAAUUAACUAUCGUUUACUAGUCAGGCAGUUAUGGAAAAAAAAACACAAAAAUGAUGCAAAUUUUCAACAAUAAAACAUAUAAUAAAAUCAUAUUUAAAUAGUAUUUAUAUAUAUUUUCUUUUUUUUAUUGUUCAUUUAUUAUAAUUAUUAUUAUUUCUUCC